CUAUAUAUGUUGGAAAAAACUAUCUCAUGAUGAUAUGUUACUUUUCCACUUGGAUUGUGGAAGUGGAACGAACGCCUUCAUAGUGGAAGUAUAACUAAUUUCAUUUGUUAAUCCCACUAGAUAAAUAUUUGGGGUGAUAUUUUCGAAAGUAUGAUCUCUUUCUCUCAUAACAUGGCUCUAUUCAUUUAAUUAGCAUCUCAGUUUCUUAUAUGGAGGAAACAAUCAGAAAAGCUUGGAUACAAUGGUGAAAGCUACUCGCAGUCUUACUAUUAGGAAACCGAAUGAAAGUAUGAGGCAUAUUGUGUUACUUUUUGUUGGAGGAUUUUUUGGCUUAAUUAUAGGAUUAUCACUUCCACCACUGUCAAUAACAAAGCUGAAUCUACCAUACGGCCUGCUUCAUCUCUCUUGUAUACAGGAAAAAUAUAUAGAUAGCAGCAUCACAUCCCAAGAUCAGUUUCCAAGUGAUGCAACAAAGAUUUGGGUUCCAACAAAUCCAAGAGGUGCAGAAAGAUUACCUCCUGGGAUAGUAAAUGCAGAAUCAGACUUAUUUUUGCGCAGAUUAUGGGGUCUUCCCAGUGAGGAUUUAACCUUUAAGCCAAAGUACCUUGUGACUUUCACUGUUGGGUACGAGCAGAAAAAGAAUAUCGAUGCAGCUGUGAAAAAGUUUUCAAAGGAUUUCACAAUCCUUCUGUUUCAUUAUGAUGGCCGAACAACGGAAUGGGAUGAAUUUGAGUGGUCAAAACAGGCCAUUCAUGUCAGUGUUCACAAACAAACCAAAUGGUGGUAUGCCAAGAGGUUUCUACAUCCAGACAUUGUGGUACCAUAUGACUAUAUUUUCAUGUGGGAUGAAGACCUGGGGGUUGAGAAUUUCAAUGCUGAAGAAUACCUAAAACUGGUGAGAAAGCAUGGCUUGGAGAUAUCACAACCUGCCUUGGAACCUAGUAAAAGUACCAAAGCGGUGUGUUGGAAUAUGACAAGGAGAAGAGAGCAUAGUGAAGUUCACAAAGAAGCAGUGGAACCAGGAAAGUGUAAGUACCCUCUUCUGCCUCCUUGUGCAGCGUUUGUUGAGAUAAUGGCUCCAGUGUUUUCACGAAAUGCAUGGCGCUGUGUGUGGCAUAUGAUUCAGAAUGAAUUUGUCCAUGGAUGGGGUCUUGAUUUUGCCUUUAGAAAAUGUGUUGAGCCUGCCCAUGAGAAGAUUGGAGUUGUUGAUGCUCAGUGGAUUGUGCACCAAGGUAUUCCCUCACUAGGGAAUCAGGGAGAAGCACAAACAACUGGAAAACCGGCAUGGCGAGCGGUGAAGGAGAGGUGUGGCAUGGAGUGGAGGAUGUUCCAGGGUAGGUUGACUAACGCCGAAAAGGGAUAUUACAAAUCCAAGGGAAUUGAUUUUUCUAAUUUGCUCGUUCAUAAUUAGGGGACAGCACCAAAUUCUUACACAUACAUCGCCAGCGUUGUUUAUGUUUUCGAGAUGAUUAUUUUGACAUAUGAUUGCUUUAUUAAUCUUGUAAGAUAAAGUUUGGAUAAAUUAUUCAAUAAACAGAAGAAGAAAAAAACAAUUAAGAUAAA